UUCCCCUUUACCAGAAACGCCAUUUGUACCGGUGUAAACGUUGACGAUUUUUAGCGCUCUGCAGACGGCUUUUUACAGCAAAGCAGCAUGAUGGCUUCAGGGUCCAGUGGCACAUCAGGUUCUGACCAAGCAGUACAAGUGAGGGCGCGAGUCAUCUUACAACAGUGCCUGUCAGCAAAACUAAUGAUCCAGCCAAGAACAGAUACACAAGAAGAGCAGCAUGUAGAGAUAGGACGAGGAUUGAUAGUUUAUAUCUGCUUCUUGAAAGGCGCCACUGAUGAUAUGGUGGAAAGAAUGGUGAAGACAGUUCUAACAGCAUGUUUAAGUGAGACAGAGACUGAUAAACUUGUGUCAGUGUUAGAUUUACCAGGAGAUGUUCUGAUCAUUCCACAGGCCACUCUCGGAGGUAACCUGAAGGGGAAGCGAAUGCAGUACCAUCGGAAUAUCAACAAAGAGGAUGGACUCAAUUUAUACUCAAAAUUUGUUCAGCUAUGCACGCUAUAUAUGUCACAAUCUGUUAAAUGUAAAGAACACCAUAAGGUAGUGGAAGCAGGGACUUAUGGCAACAGACAAGUGUUCUCUACACAAACAAAUGGUCCAUACACUCAUGCUUUAGAGUUUUAAUUUCUGUGUGUUGACUAAUAUAUUUGAUGUUUUAUUGUUUUAAUUAAGUUAAAUGAAUAUUUUACUUA